AAGAUCGGUAAUUAUAAAUUUUGUAAAGAGGGUUAAUGGAGAAGAGAGCUUCUACAAUUAAUAGUUUAAAUAGUUCUAAAAUUGCACAGUUAGUAGCAGUCGUGUUUGAAAUUUUGUAACGUUUACAACUAAGUGUAAGUUAAAAUGGAUUUCUACUAUUUACCCGGUUCAGCUCCCUGCCGCUCAAUCAUGAUGGCAGCCAAAGCUUUGGGCAUUAAACUUAACAAGAAAUUAUUGAACUUACAAGCCGGCGAUCAUCUAAAACCGGAAUUUUUAAAAAUCAAUCCCCAACAUACCAUACCCACUUUGGUCGAUGGCGAUUUUGUCUUGUGGGAAUCUCGUGCCAUUUUAGUGUACUUAGCUGAGAUGUACGAUAAAAGUGAAACUUUAUAUCCCACGUGUCCUAAGAAGCGCGCUGUAGUAAAUCAACGUUUAUACUUUGAUAUGGGAACUCUGUAUCAAAGCUUUUCCGAAUACUACUAUCCACAAAUCUUUGCUAAAGCUCCCGCAGAUCCUGAGAAAUUUAAGAAAAUGGAAAUGGCUAUGGAUUUUCUAAAUACUUUCCUUAAAAAUCAAAAAUAUGUUGCUGGUGAUACAUUGACUGUUGCCGAUUUGGCUUUAUUGGCCACUGUCAGCACUUAUGAAGUGGCAGGUUUUGAUUUUAGUAAAUAUACGAAUGUUGCCAAAUGGUAUGCUAAUGCUAAGGGUGUAGCUCCGGGUUUCGAUGAAAACUGGGCAGGUUGUUUGGAAUUUAAGAAGUAUUUUAAUUGAUUUAUGACGAUUUUUAAUUGCUAUUCAAUAAAUUCAUUUAUAAUUUUUAAGAGAAUUUAAUAUAGAUUUAUAUAGAGCUUUUAUUUAAA